AUGGCGGCGAUGAUCGCAAAGAAAAUUCUCAAGGAGACGGCCGGCAACCAAUUUGGAUUAAAGGACCCAUACUUCGAGCAAGUUCCUGCGACGAGACUGGACGGUAGACCAUCGAAGACGAAGACUAAGAAAGUCCGCAAGGCUUUGCCGCCUGGUCUCUCGGAACAUGAUGCCCAGGUUUUGACCAAGGUGAAGAGAAGAGCAUACAGACUGGAUAUGAGCUUUGGUAGUUUUAUGGGGUUGAAGUUAGGAUGGGGUAGCCUUAUUGGCAUUUUGCCAUUCGCUGGCGAUGCUGUGGAUGCGCUCCUUGCGAUGAUGGUCGUCCAUACUGCUAAACAAGUAGAGGGAGGACUCCCGACUCAGAUAUGGGCUACGAUGUACAUCUGGGUAAUCAUUGAUUUCAUCGCCGGGUUGGUUCCCUUUGUCGGAGAUAUCGCAGAUACUCUCAUCCUCGCCAACACCCGCAAUGCCAUAGCGCUGGAGGACUACUUACGUAAGAAGGGCAAGAAGAAUCUUCGCGCUAGCCAUCAACCGGUACCCGCUGUCGACCCCAGCGACCCUGCCGAGUUCGAUCAGUUCAACGCUCAGUCACAAGAGCGCACGGCAGAUUAUCCUCCGCAAGAAAGUGGUGUCGCACCCGCUCAACCGCCACGACCGGGUCAAGCAAGGGUUCGUGACGAUCGACGAGGCUCCGGUAGAGGCUUUUUUGGCCUAGGCAGCCAACGAUCCCGCCCAGGCGAUGUUGAGAUGGGGACCCACUAAGAGCCGAAUACUGUGGGGUUACUUAUGGGAUAAGGUCGCGUAAAGUGCUUGGAGGGGCUGUUACGCGUCAUGCUGCCAUACCGUGGACAUGGGGUUUGACUAUUUGACUUUUUUGGGUGGCAACCUGUGGCAUCGGCGGUCGGUUUGCUUGUCUUCUUAUUAAUCAUUGCGGGUGUUUCAGAGCCAUGGAUCCAUAAUACCCAUACCAUCAGUUUGAUAGAUUCACAUAUUGCGGGGGACAUGGCACAUUCAGGUGUAACGGCAACAAAGACAAGGGGUUUAUAUGCAAAUGAUACCAAAAUACCAGAAACAUUGAUACGGCGGGAAGAUUCGUAGCUAAACACGAGACAGUGGUUGAGAUGGUUAGAUAUCC